AUGGCGCUCCACGGCCACGAGGACAUCAUCAUGGAGGUGCUCCACAUCAAGUACCUGGACAACAUCGUCUCCGCGAGUUUGGACACGACGGUCCGCGUCUGGGACACGUACACGGAGAAGCAGUCCACGCUGCUCCGGGGCCACGCCAAGGGCGUCAACGCCCUCGCCUACAACAGCGAGCACCGCUUCCUCAUCUCCGCGGGCUUCGACCACGACGCGUUCGUCUGGAGCCCCUUCGUGUCGACGCUGUUGUACAAGCUCAAGGGCCACCGCGCGGCGCUCGUGGGCUGCCACGCCGUCGAGGGCACGCACGAGCUCGUCACGGCCGACUGCCACGGCGUGCUCAAGCUCUGGGACCUGCGC